UGGGCUCGGCCCACGCCGGAGGCGGGAUUAACCUAAUCCAGGAAGGGUGCUAUUCCUGACCCUUCUGGUGCAAAGGCCAGUUUGCAAGAGCCAGGAAGAAAACGAGCAGCGGCGGCCACUCUGGGAGUCCCCACUGAAGGCAUUCACCUUUUAAGAAUAAAGAUAAGAAGGGGGGAAAAUGCCUUCAUUGAAGGGCAAAGUUCAGACUGUGCUGGGCCUUAUAGACCCUAGCCAACUUGGUUACACCAUGACCCACGAACACUUGACGAUGAACUACAGUUGCUGUUACUACCCACCUCCAUCAGGGCAGGAAGCAUUGUCAGAUCGGCCCAUUGAGAUGAAGAACUUGUUUUGGCUUAAACAGAAUCCUUAUAGCCACAAAGAGAAUCUUCUCCUGUGUCAAGAGACUGAUGCGGUGAGGGAGGAGCUAUUGCACUAUAAGGCUGUAGGUGGUGGGACGAUAGUGGAAAACACAACCACGGGGAUCAAACGGGACAUGAAGACCCUAAAGCAGCUUUCAGAAGAAACCAGAGUUCAUGUUGUUGCUGGAGCUGGUUUUUAUGUAGACGCCACUCAUUCUGCUGAGACAAGAGCAAAGUCAGUGGAACAGCUGACAGAGGUUAUUGUUAAUGAAGUUAUCAAUGGAGCGGAUGGAACCAACAUCAAGUGUGGCGUAAUAGGAGAAAUUGGAUGCUCUUGGCCUCUGACAGAGAGUGAAAACAAAGUACUUCAAGCCACUGCACACGCCCAGUCACAGCUCGGCUGCCCUGUUAUAAUCCACCCUGGCAGGCAUAGUGAUUCUCCUUUUCAGAUCAUUCGGAUUAUGCAGGAAGCUGGGGCAGAUGUCUCCAAAAUUGUCAUGUCUCACAUGGAUAGGACUAUAUUUGAUGAGAAGAAGCUGUUGGAGUUUGCAAAACUUGGAUGCUACUUAGAGUAUGAUCUUUUUGGAACAGAAUUCAUUCUCUACCAGAUGAAUCCAGAUAUUGAUAUGCCAAGUGAUAAUGAGAGGAUUUUAAGAGUUCGGAUGUUGAUUGAUGAAGGCUAUGAAGACAAAGUUGUCAUUGCUCAUGACAUUCACACAAAGAAUAGACUGAAGAAAUACGGAGGUCACGGCUAUUCCCAUAUCCUUGAAAACAUAGUUCCCAAAAUCUGUAUCCUGGGAGCUUUCUAGGGUGAAUGGAAGUUCAAACGAGGACAUGCUCAAAGUCCAUCAUUUUAGCUACCAUACCACACCAGUGUCUUAGCUCUAAAUCAAGAUGGCAAAAAGAACCAGGAAGCUGAUUCCAUCAACUCAAAGGGUCUUUAAAUUAUUCUUUCUUGUGGUUGCUCUGUUUCAAAAGCAGUUUGUAAUAAGACAUUAAUGAAACAAUUCAGGAAGAAGCUAACCAUAUCCCAAUAUUACAAGCCCACUUUGUUAGAUUAAAUAGGACUUUGGGACACAGCCACUAUCCAGAUGAGGGUCAGAUUUAUACAGGUAAGUGAACUAACAUUGUACCUGAGUUCUAUUGUUCAAGGUAAAAAUCAGACCUGUUACAAGAGAAUCAGGAUGCAUAGAAGGAAUGAGCAUGUAGAACAAUUCUUUGAUGCCUUUGUCUUUGAGUCUAUUAAUAAUGCAUCCUGAUUGGUAUAAUUUUGAUGCAUAUGGAAACAACACAGCUCCCCCAAACAACUGCCAUCAUAUACUAACAACCCAAUCCAGUUCCUGGGGACAGUGGUGCUGCUGUGUAGCCUCCAAAAGACUUCCAAGUGGCUCAGAGAGUCAGAAGAAGAAAAAUGCCUUACCACCCUUAAGCCCUCCUUGGGGCUUAAUGGAGCUCAGGUGGCAUAAUUUUGAGCCUUGGGCCACAGCAUUUGCAACCCUAAACCUGUGGAGCUCAAUAGGCGGCAUAACUCUUGAGCCCCAAGCCACUGUGUUCAUGGCCCUGAACCCCAGGUGGAAGCCAACUAAAUUCCGUUCCACCUUCGGGAAACCUGUGUUGCUCUGCAGCAGCUUGGACUUCUGGGUUUUGCCACUGUGGAGCUGAGGGGCGGUUGGGCACUGGUGCCUCUGCCCCCUCCACUGCUGGGGGUGCAUCAGCGUGGUCCUCUGCUGCUUCCUGUGAGCAUUCAGUCCCCCCGUAUCUGCAGUAGAUUGAGCUGCCCAUUUGUGUGGCUUAUUAAUAAAAAUCAUUCAUUAAAUUAAUUCAUGUCUCUUUUCUGAUUAUUAUUCAGACAGCCUUGAGUCCUGCUUAAAAGUUAACUAAUUGUUCUGUUUGUAUUUUAAAGAAUACUUAUUAUGAUUACAAUAUUAAUAAAAGUUUGUAAUAGUAACAGUCCACCAAUAAAAAAAUGCAUAUAGUCAUUGAAUAGAAUGUGAUCCUAGUUAUUUAUACACGAUUCCUUUCCACUAGUAAAACACAUUCCGUUUUUAUUUGUGUACGAUUUAUGUUAGUGCAACAACAUAUCAUCUGCUUUGUAGCCUGUCUCUGUUCCGUCACUGUUCAACAGAGCUGUUAGUGAUUUAGAGGUUUUGCUAACCUGAACUAAGGAAUAAUGCAUGACUUGGCAUGCAAUAUGCCGGAUUCUUUUUUUAUCUUUUUGAACUGAAAAAAAGUAAAGAUUUCCGUGCCUGCCUUUCAAAACCAUAACUGAUAGGUUUUCAAAUUAAAUUUUCAUCCCACAUUAAUACAGAAAUGUUAACAACAGAUAAGGCUAUUCACCAUGCCAGCUCUCACAGGAUAUUAUAAAUCACAGAAGCAGGAGGAACUCAGUUCUUCUGUAUCAUAUAGGAAGGUUCAGAAAGGCUUAAAAGAUUUGUAAUUGCUUAACAAAUACCUAAUUUAAGCUGCCAUGUUGUAUAGUAAUAUCCAAGGUAGUCAUGGCUUCAAAAAAAACAUUGUUUACUGAAGUGAGCUGUCUUGACCACUCUUUAAGCACUAUUUAUCAAAUUACAGCAAACUUUCCAAGGAUUAAUAACCAGCUAGUGUCAUGGAUCACCCAGCAUUAUUCACCCCUAAAAAAUCUAACCUGAUUUGAGUUCAUUGUUGAGGUUGGAAACAGUAAAGGAAAAGAUGUACUUGGCUUUAUUGCAGUUAUUACAGAACUGGUUGCAGGAGUAGACUGAUACAUAUGUUUUACUAAAUCUGCUUAAAUUAUUACUCAGGUUCUAUUAAUACUGCAUUUAAUUGCUACUUUUUGAAUUUAUAUCACAGUUGAUAGAUUGAGGUUUUUUCCUAUUACAAAAUGAUGUGGACUCUAUUGACUCUGGCAUUAAAUGUGCUUCAUAUAUCAUUAUAAACAAACACUGUAUACAGAGAGCAGACAUACACUCCACAGAAAUGGACGCUGUCUGCGCUAAAAAAAUGAUUUAUCGAUUGAGCUCCUAAAAAUACUUUGCAGAUUGCAGUCAUUUUGUGUACAGCUACAAUGCCUUGCAAAUGCAUUCACCUCAAUCCCAUUCACGGUAGGCUACCUUAAUGGUUCCUGCUUCUUUUGUGGGUGGUGGCAGCUAUGGCAAUUUCUUUUUAAAGCCUGUGAGGACAGUCUCAGAGGAACCCCAAGCCUCUUGCUAAACAUGUGUUAAAGGAAUCUCAAAAUUAAACAAUUAAUGCAGUGUACAUUGCAUACGUUUCAUGAUUGCACACCUCACUAGGUUAUAAAGGCAUACAGGGACAUUAAAACUGCAAGCAAACCAAUUAUGUUAUGGCCUCAGCACUUCUAUAUUUAAGCUGUCUAACUAUUAAGGAAGGCAAUGUGUUACAUGGGAGUCCUUGAGAUAUUGAAUAUACAUUGCUGUUGAAUGAAAUACAGGGGUAGCAGGGUAAUGCUUUCCUACAAUACAGGUCUGCUUCUGUGUGCUCUGUUUCCAAAUGAAAAUCCUUGUUUUGUAUAGAAAACUGCUCUCACAGUUCAUUAGUUGUCAAGAUCAAAUUGCAGUCUAAUACAUCCAAUUCAUUAAAACUGCUGCCUAAUAUAAAAAGAUGGCUUAAGGAUUUCUUAUGGCUGCAUAAAUAUAAUCUGAAUUCAGCCCUGCACAAUCAAUAUUUGUCUUCUCUGUUUAUGUAGUGUCUAAAUUAACCAAUUUAUAAAUGUCUGGGAUUAUGUACUUAGGCUGUCUCCAGCCUUAUUUUAAUAUUUAUGCUCAUAAAGAUAUGCCAUGUGCUGUGUUGUGUUAUUUUUCUUUCCAUCAAGUGUUAAAGGGAAAUAAUGCUUUCUAAUAGGCAACAUUACAAAGUUGCACUGUGAACUGAAGUAUGUGAGACUUGGCCUGUUCUGUUGCUGUUUACUGUUGAACCAGUGUGGUCUGUCUUUAGAGGUGCUAUUUAUGGUAGGCUUUUGCUAAUUUGAUUAAUUGCUACUGAUGUCCCUGUAAUUUAAUUUUUACAGUACUUGUGAGAAACCAUAAACAAAAGGUUAAGUGGCACAUUAGAUUAAUUUACCAGCCUUUGAUGCUUCCAUCUGUGUUCCUGCCUGCAACACACAAUGGAGGGAUCAGAAAGACUCUCAUCUGGUUACAGUACACUGGUGUUCCCAGUAACAAUGUUCAGCAAUUUCUUUUUCAUUAUUCCACCUUGCUGGGUAUGUGUGUGUGUGAGGAUACUCACAAUCUCAAAUAGAACUGGAAACGAAAUCCAAUGUUUCAGCUUUGUUGACUCUUCUCCAGUAUAUAGCAAGCCAUGCUCAUUCUACUAUUUAACUUUACAAAGAGUAACAAUUCAGUGCGGCCUAAGAUUUUCAGGAAUCUCAGAACAUGAAAACAGUAACCAACAAGCACUCCGGGCAGAAUGUAAUUUAUUGCUCAGUACAGGGCCCAGCAUGCAUAUUAGCAUGAGAUAAAUGCUUAUUAAUGAAUAUAAAAUCUGUAAUUCUUCUGUAAUUCUUUGUAAGCAUUACAAAUUUGUUGUGUAGCAGCUGUGGUGGCCAUUUGAGUAAAUUAAAUGUUUGCUGUCAUGUUUGUGGAAUUAAAUUUUAUGACGGAUUAUGAA